ACAAAAGCGAAGUCGCCGACUCCUGCGUUGUGGCUUCAGCGUCUAAAUCGCCGCUCGAGAGUCGAGACAUUCAAACAAAAGCCCGUUCCGUACCAUCCCUCUCCUUCCCCAUCUCGCUCUCCUUCCUUCCUCCACCUCCACGGCUCCACCAUAAGACGCAACGCGUCACCUUCCUUCCCCUCUUUUCUUCGCUCCAAAGUCUCCGGCGGUAUUUAUUUAUUGCCACCUUACCGAAACGCCAAAGCAAUGGAUUCCCGGAAGCCCUCGCUUUACCCUCAACUCGUCGAAUCCGAUUCCCAACUCCACUCGCCUUCCUCCUCCAAGCCCUACCUUCCCACUCCCACCCCUCCCCCCUCCGCCCCUCCCCUCUACCCUUCCGUCGACAUGGCCGAUCCCGUCGAGAAUCUCUUCCCUGACAUCGCCCGCGACGACAACGACAACGACAACAACAACCACGCCCCGCCUCCCGUCGAGGAAACCCUCAUUCGCAUCCCCGGCGCCAUUCUCCACCUCAUCGACCCCCAGCGGAGCGUCGAGCUUGGCGCCGGCGACUUCUCCCUCGUCCGCCUCCGCCAGGGAGAGAACACCCUCGCUGUCCUCGCCCGCGUCGGCGACGGUCUCGUCCAAUGGCCGCUCGCUCGCGAUGAGGCUGCCGUCAAACUCGACGAUGCCCACUACUUCUUCUCCCUCCACGUGCCGCCGACCUCCGUCGGCGAUCAAGAGGACGACGGCGGCAGUGAUCUCCUUAAUUAUGGCCUCACCUUCGCCUCUAAGGGGCAGGAGGGCCUCCUCAUGAAACUCGAUCGUCACCUCCAGGACUACAGCAGCUUUUCCGUGCAGAAGAUUGACGUUAAGGGAAAGGAUUUGCCUUCGGCGGAUGUGCUGGAUGGAUCGGUGACCAAGGCGGUGACGCCGGCCGAGGGGAUGGGGCCGAAAAAACAGAUGCUGGAGGAACGAUCGGCCGCGUACUGGACGACUCUCGCGCCGAACGUGGAGGAAUAUAGCAGCUCGGUCGCAAAGAUGAUCGCCAAGGGUUCCACGCAGCUCAUCAAGGGCAUCUUAUGGUGCGGGGACGUGACGGUGGAACGGCUCAAGCGGGGAGAGGAUCUUCUGAAGAGAAGAAUAGAACCAGGUUCAAAGCCCGUAGAGAUCAGCAAGGACGCCAUGAAGAGGAUGAAAAGGGUGAAGAGGGUCACAAAAAUGUCAGAGAAGGUAGCCACGGGAAUUCUAUCUGGAGUUGUGAAGGUUUCUGGUUUUUUCACAAGUUCUGUUGUGAAUUCAAAAGUAGGCAAGAAAUUCUUUGAAUUUUUGCCCGGGGAAAUCGUCCUUGCAUCUUUAGAUGGUUUUGGAAAAAUUUGUGAUGCUGUUGAAGUGGCUGGCAAGAAUGUCUUCCAAACAUCUUCAGUUGUAACAACUGGACUUGUGUCACACAGGUACGGCGAUCAAGCAGCUGAAAUUACACAUGAUGGCCUUGGUGCUGCAGGGCACGCAUUCGGUACAGCAUGGGCAGUCUUCAAGAUCCGGAAAGCACUUAAUCCUAAGAGCGCCAUGAAGCCAUCAACCCUGGCCAAGUCAGGCCUCAAGGCCGCCGCAAAAGAAGUGAAAGCGAGCAAAGGGAAAUGACAAUGGGCUAUUCCUAGUUUGUUUUAGUAGGAAGACACCCUGCAAUGGCACUUGGAGAUCUUACCUUUCUUGGUCAUGCUUUGAGUGGCUUGUUUUGUUCUUUUUUGAUCUUCUGUUUGGAUGUUUGAUGUAACUGAUCCGCAGAUGAAUAAUAACUACACAAACCUAUGUUUUUGGUUCA